AUGGGGCAGGCCCAGUGGAUAUUCGGUGAUGGCAGCGAACCGUUGCGCUCGGGGGGCGCUGGGGCUGGCGGAAUCUGGAUCCAUCAGAAGCUUCUUUCUUUUUCGGGCAUCAGAUCCAAGCAGCAAGGGGAGGUCCUGGUGGAGACGGGCGGCGCCGACUCGCCAAUGCGGAGAAUCCUCAAUCUCGCGCAGUCUGCAAUUCGGGCAUGGUAUGCUCCUCUACCACCAGAACCUAGACGAUUAACCAGACCCAAGGAGACGGUGUGCAUGCUGCAGCGAUGA